CAUCUUCUCACAUACUCAGCAUCACCACCAGCAGCCAGAGUGUGUAUUGUCUACAGGCAGAGCUCCAGUGGUUAGAGUGUGCUGAUAGCCUGUUUUAUUACAGGAGUUUCACACUAAUUCCCUCGCAGCUCAUACCAGUUUGGUUCAGCCUGUUGCCACUCACAGCCUCAAUCUUGACCAGCCCAGGCAUCACUAUGAAUGUCUUCACCUCCCUCACAUCCCCUUCCUCCUGCCCCCACUUGUACCGCUUACCCAAUUACCCCAGCAACACCACCAUCUCAAAUGCCACCACUGCAGCCACUGGAAUUAGCCAUGUCAUCUUGCGGCAUUACAACCACACCGGCCGCCUGCAGAACAGGACCAUCUCAAACAAUCAGAAUCACAUCAGUGCCACCAUGGCGAUCUUCCUCUGCUUCAGUGUUUUCAUCAUCCUGGAGAAUCUCCUGGUGUUGGUGGCCGUCAUCUCCCGCAUCCGCCACAGCAGACGCUGGGUUUACGUCUGCAUUGCCAACAUCACACUCAGUGACCUCCUGACUGGUGCUGCCUACUUGGUCAACAUCUGUAUGUCCGGAAGCCAGACGUUCCGCCUCAGCCCUGCACUUUGGCUGUUCAGAGAGGGCAUGCUGUUUGUUGCCCUGGCAGCAUCCAUAUUCAGUUUAUUGUUAAUUGCUGUGGAGCGUUACACCACUAUGAUGAGGCCAAUGCCGCGGAAGUCAGCCGCAAAUACCUACUACAGGAUCUAUGGCUUGGUCGCACUCUGCUGGGUUUUAGCACUGGCGAUUGGCUUCCUCCCAUUGCUGGGCUGGAACUGUAUGUGCAGCUUGGACAAAUGCUCCACCCUCCUCCCUCUCUACUCCAAGACCUACAUCUUUUUCUCUCUUAUUAUCUUCUUCCUCAUCCUCCUGGCUAUUGGCGUGCUCUAUGGUGCCAUCUACUGCCACGUACACAAGAGUACCCAGCUGGCCACCAAGCGCAGUCGCAAGCGCUCCUUUGCUCUGCUUAAAACUGUGAUCAGCAUUGUUGGGGUCUUUAUGCUUUGCUGGGGGCCACUAUUCCUGCUUUUACUAGUGGAUUUUUUCUGCGUCUCCCGCCAGUGUGCUCUACUGUUCAGUGCAGAUUUUUGCAUUGUUCUUGCUGUCCUCAACUCCGGCCUGAACCCCAUCAUCUACGCCCUGGGCAGUAGUGAUAUGAGGACAGCUAUUGCUCAGCUUCUCUGCUGCUGCUGCCUGAAGGCCGGCCUCUGUGCCCCAGACACAUUCACAUCCAAGGACACCAGCAGCACCUCAGAGAACAGGCGGGACAGUCUGAGGAACAGUUUCAACAGGAUCAGGAAUCUGAGUGUAGCCUCUCCACCAUCAACCCCAAGCAAGACUCGCAAACCACCUAAAAAAUCUAGACUAAGCUCCACCACCACCUGCCUGUCAGUUUCAAGUGGUUAGACCACAAUGUGUUCCCCUCCCAAGUAAACAGGACCUGUGUGCACUGAUACACAUCUAACGGUUUCCUCUGAGUUUUGGUUUGAAUUUCAACAGUUUGCUGUCAGGCAUUUUCACUCAUGAUUAUACACUUUCAGAAAACUUGCCAAUAUAAACUCAUCUUUCCAUUUCUAUUAUGCCACAGUGCAGGAUUUUUAAAAAUAUAUAUUUUUAUGUAUAACAUUUAUAUACUU